AGUCGACAGGCAGUUCUCGACCAUUUGUAUCCGACAUUAUAUGAGACACACACCACGAGCGUCGUGACAAUGAGCCAUUCUAGCAGAACUAGUUGAUAGAAAGGCACCUCCCGGAUGAGUUCGUUCAAGAUCCCCAAUUUGAGUGUGUGUUGGAUUGGUAGCCAGGAUUGGGAUCAGAACGAGAUAGUAUUACGAAAAGCUUGUGCCACCCACCAAUCGCUCACAUCCAAUGCCAAAGGAUCACUAUUCACGUGUUGCGAGCGAUACGGAGGAAAUACCCUACGAUUGGUGUACCCUUACAUGCAUCUAUCCAACGAACCAUUUCAGUUGAAAGACCGCUACAAGAACGCUCAAAAUUUUGUUCAGUCUCUUCCCAAAAAUGUGGGAGCAACCAUGGACCAAGGUGAAUAUUUGGAGAUUGAGCAGCAUUCCGUGCGAACCAAGUUGUCGCUCUAUAACGCACAAUUUGUCAUCUUCAUGGGCUUCCAACACUCAAACACCGGUUUCGAUGCCAUUGAAUUCUCGUGGCGACGAUGGAGCAAGAUUGGUUUUCUCAUCAACGAGCUAAAACAAGAGGGGAUCCAAGUGGAAGGGGUGGCGUUCCACAAACAAACUGGGAAGAUCAAUAAGAAGAAUUUCAUGUACUGCAUCUUUGUGGUGGUCAAACUGAGGAGCAAACUCUACAAGCUCAAGUGCUUAAACAUCCUGCAAAGCCUUCGAGGCACCGUGGUUCCAGGAUAUGUGAGUAUGUUCGAGAAAUCGCCUGGCCUUAUGUCGUCGGCGGUCACUCAAGGUCGUCCUACGGAUUCGCUGAGUUUGGACUCGCUUUUAGACGGAGUGGAUGCGGACUUCGAGCGGGUGGUACCCACAGCGACCGAGUAUCGCCAAAAGCGGCACCCCCAAAAAACAUGAUAUCGAGGUUGCAAAGGCGAAUCGUAAAAAUAAAAACACAUUCAGAGUCGUA